UAUGAUUAGAUAAUUUGUGAGUUGUUAAGAAUUGAGAAUGGGUGGGUAGUUAAGUGCGAACAUCCGUGAAGUAUGGCACCUUGGUUCGAGUUCCCGCACGAAAUAAGAGACGUUAGUGCAGAAGAGGAGAAGAUAAUAAGGAAAUGUGUAAUAGGUUACACGAAGCCGUUUGUGAAAUGUGGUAAAGCAGGAUACGUGAUGCCGGGGGCCUACAGGAAAUACGCUGAAGCUAUUUAUAAUAUCAAGGUGCGCCCGGAUGACGUGUGGGUGAUCACUUUCCCUAGAUCAGGUACCACAUGGACUCAAGAAAUGGUGUGGCUUUUAGAAAAUGACUUGGACUACGAUGCCGCAAGAAGUUCACCACUUCACGAAAGGUUUCCGAUGUUAGAAAUUACAACAAGCAUACCUGAGGUGGCGUUUGAAUUGAUUAAAAUAAACUUCAUGAACCUGGCUGACUUUCAAGGCUUGAAUGAAGCGGUAAAGUACCCCAGUUGGAAAUCAAUCGAGGAGGCACCCUCCCCCCGUUUCAUCAAGACACAUCUACCUCUGUCACUCCUUCCCCCUAAUCUGUUGGACAUUGCUAAAGUCCUGUAUGUAGCCCGAGAUCCGAGGGAUACAAUGGUAUCAUAUUACUACUUAAACAAGAUGGUUGCCAGAGGUUUAAUGACGGGGACAUUUGCACAUUACUGGGAAGCCUUCAGAAGGGAUUUACUGCCUUGGACCCCAACAAUAAGCCACGCAAACGAGGCGUGGGAGAAGAAGACUCAUCCGAAUCUCCAUUUUAUGUUUUACGAGAACAUGCUACAAGACCUACCAGCGCAGAUACGAGAAGUGUCUAAAUUCCUUAACAAAGAUAUUUCAGAAGUGGAAAUAGAGAAACUAGCGGAUCAUUUAAGUUUUGCAAAUUUUAAGAAGAACAAAAAUGUAAACAACACUGCAGGGGACAAUAACAACGUACAGUUCGUCAGAAAAGGUGAAGCUGGUGGCUGGAAGUCGCAUUUUGAUGCAAAAAUGGAAGUGCAAGCAGAAGAAUACUUGAACAAGAGACUUAGAGGAUUAACAUUGACUUACCCAACAUAUGAUACUGGCGAAGAAUGUUCUAGAUUAUAGAGAAAUAUAAUAUAUAAGCAGGAGUUUAUUUUGUGGCAUACAAUAGGCAUGACAAAAUGGUUUUAAGUAUUCUAGCAAGUGACCCAAAUCUAAAUAUUUAAGUUAAUAAUAUAUUUAAUAUAAUAAAAGCUUAAUACUGCUAUCAGUCACAUAUUAACUAAAAUAUGGAUGACGUCACGACUCAAUAACCAUUAUUAAAGCCUAAACACAUGAUUGGAUCUGGCAUGGCCGAAUCAUGGGACGGGGUCUGGUAGUGGACCAUAUUUGAUGGUAUGUUGAAUUGUCUAUAAUUAACGCAAAAUAUUAUUAUAAUUACCGUUUGUAUAGUACCGAGUACGACGCCGGACCAAUUGGUCUGAGGCGCCCACCGGACCGUCCGAUGGUCCGGCCGUGUGUUUAGGCUAUUAUAUUACACGUUAUGAUUGAUUUCUGAAGCGUUACGUCAUAACCGGCCACCAUGACAGUUACGAGCGUUUUCGCGCGCAAAUCAAAAUAGAUCUAUAAAAAUACAUUAUUAAUUUGCAAUACAGACUACUUUAAUGCUUCAAUUAAUUUAUUUCUAAAAUCGUAGACAUCCUAUUUGUACGACUAGAGUGAGCUUGUUGAAGGCUAUU